UGUGGAAAAAGUUUUAGCCGAACAUCUCAUUUAAAUACACACAUGAGAGUCCAUACAGGACAGAAGCCUUUUCGUUGUGAUCUAUGUGGAAAGAGAUUUAGCCAAAUAGCAAAUUUAAAAAUACACACGAGAAUCCACACAGGACAGAAGCCUUUCUGUUGUGAUCUAUGUGGAAAAAGGUUUAGCCAAAAAGAACAUUUAAAAAUACACAUGAGAAUCCACACAGGACAGAAGCCUUUCAGUUGUGAUCUAUGUGGAAAAAGUUUUAGCGAUAAAGGAACUUUAAACAAACAUAUAAGAAUCCACACAGGACAGAAGCCUUUCAGUUGUGAUCAAUGUGGACAAAUAUUUAGCCGAAUACAAAAUUUAAACAUGCAUAUGAAAAUACAUAUGAGAAUCCAUACAGGAGAGAAGCCUUUCUGUUGUGAUCUAUGUGGAAAAAGCUUUAGCCAAAAAUCAAGUUUAAAAACACACACGAUAAUCCACACAGGACAGAAGCCUUUCUGUUGUGAUCUAUGUGGAAAAAGUUUUAGCCUAAAAGCAACUUUAAAAAGACACACGAGAAUCCACACAGGAAAGAAGCCUUUCAGUUGUGAUCUAUGUGGGAGAAGUUUUAGCCAAAAAGGGUAUUUAAAAAUACACACAAGAAUCCAUGCUGGAGAGAAGCCUUUUGGUUGUGAUCUAUGUGGAAAAAGUUUUAGCGAUAAAGGAACUUUAAACAAACAUAAAAUAAUCCACUCAGGACAGAAGCCUUUCAGCUGUGAUCUAUGUGAAAAAAGUUUCAGCGAAAAAGCAAAGUUAAACAGACACACGAGAAUCCAUACAGGACAGAAGCCUUUCUGUUGUGAUCAUUGUGGACAAAGAUUUAGCCUUAAAGAAUCUUUAAACAUACACAUGAGAAUCCAUACAGGACAGAAGCCUUUUAGUUGUGAUCUAUGUGGAAAAAGUUUCAUCCAAACAUCAAAUUUAAAUACACACAUGAGAAUCCAUACAGGACAAAAGCCAUUCAGUUGUGAUUUAUGUGGGCAGAGAUUUACCCAAACAUCAACUUUAAAUAGACACAUGAGAAUCCAUGCAGGAGAGAAAGUGUCUCUGCGAUGAAAACCAACUCAAACACACCUGUAGUUUGCUGACAGAUGUUUGUGCGUUGUCAUCAAACGCACAAGGAUUUCAUUUGGUAGUUUCAGCAUUUCUAUUGUAGCUAAUCUUUAGAGUUGUGUUAAAACAUUUAAUUUUAUUUAUUUUGUUCAGACUGAGCUGUAGUACAGCUGUGUUGUCAGUCUAUACACACUGCUGUAACCAUUAGACUCAAGCUAAUGUAAACAGUGGCCAUAGGAUGUGCCCCGUCACGUAAUUUCUGGUCGAUCUUUCACAACAGCGACCUCUAGCUUCCUAAGUUACCCAUUUGAGUCAUAACUAUUUCCAGGAGAAUUAUUAUUAAAUCAAGUGACUUGGACAAAUUGUAUACUAAAACAAAUUUUUGUUGCCUACAACUUGUGACAGUGUCGUGAGAUUGCAGAUGGAGUAUAGAUAACAUUACAAUAUAAAGUGCAGCAGUGUUCAGAAUGUGACAGUGUAGGAGAAAAACGGUUUAAAAUAAUGGUGCAAAAAAGCAAUAAUAUGAAAGAAUUUAGUGUUGCGCAAAUAUGGUGCAAAAUGCAGUAAAAACAUUGAGUUGUAUCCUAUUUAAAUGGAUUAUUAAUGUUCGGCAACGUUGGUAGUGCACAAUAAUGGUACGAGUGUGAUGCAGAGUCCAGUUUAGAGUUCAACAGCCUGAUGGCAGCAGGGAAAAAGCUGUUACAGAACCUGGUGGACCUGCAGAUGAUGCUGGUGAACCUCUUCCAAGAGGGCAGCAGGGAGCUACAGUCCAUGGUGGGGGUGUGAGGGGUCCCUGGUGAUGUUAUGGGCUCAUGACACGCAGCACUGGGAUGAAAUGUACUUAAUGGAGGGAAGAGGAGCCCUGAGGAUCCUCUUUGCUGUCCUCACCACUCUCCUCACGUUCUUUCAGUCGGAGGCGGUGUAGCCUCCCCACUACACACAGAGACAGCUAGUCAGAAUGCUCUCUAUGGUGCUUCUGUAGAAGGUGGUGAGGAUGGGUGGUGGCAGGUGGGCUCUUUACUGGUGCCCUCUUCACCAGUGAUGUGGUGUUCACAGACCAGGUGAAGUUGUCUGUGUCCUAAAGGUUACUGAUAUUUACUGAGCAAAUCACUUUUUAAAAUGUUAUUUCCCCAAAUAAUGUUUAGCCUAAUUCAGGUUUGCUUUGUGAUUGG